AUGGAUUUAUGGGUUGUUGCAGCAGCUGCGGGAGCUGGGUAUUUAGCCAAGUACCGGCAAAACCUAUCAGGUGAAAAAGAUGGAUUGCCGGAGACUUCUUCCUGGAAUUCGAUUCACCGGCGGCAGUCAGAGUCCCCGGCCAGUAAUUUGCUGCAGCAAAUGCGGGACUCAACCUGUCCAUUGCGCAGAUUGGCACGGAAAAGCUUUGAUAGAGAUAUUUCAGAGAGGGGUGAUAGUGGUGAAGCUUCAGAAGGAGUAGCCUCUACUAGUGGAAGGGAAUGGUUUCAAGAGAGAAUCAAUGAAAAGAGUGAGUUUUUCAACACCUCUGGUAAUGUACUAUAUGAAUCUAAGACUGAAGAAAUUAGUGCCUUCCAUGGUGAUGGUAGGAUUAGGAGGAUGACAAGGUCUCUCAGAAGUAGGUCUAGUGGUUAUUCUGUAAGGCCAUCAACUUCUUUAGAAAGUUGCCUCGUGGCUCAGCUGUAUAGAGAGCACGAAAAGAAAGAAGAACAUGUUUUCAGUUCUCUUCCAUCACCAUCUACUAAUUCCAAUAGGCCUUUGUUGUUAACUGAUGGGAGACAAAAAAUUAGCAGAACUAGUAAUGAUUUAUUUGGUGCAAGUUUGGACAGUGGGGAAGAUAAGCUUCAGAGGGAAAAUGGUGUCUUCUUGGAGGAAAAUGAUGCAUUGAUGGGACCUCCAACCCUUGGGCAAAUUGGAUUGAUGGAUCUCCCAAGGAAACAAAGGCAGAGGCAUGACAAGAGCCGGCAGAGCAGUUACAGCACUGAGCUAUCUGGCAAAUCAUUCCUUUCACAAGAAAUCAUCUAA